CUGCUUUGCACCAUGAGCGACGAACUGAGCGCGAUCGCCACCCUCUUGGGUUUGAACGCAGGGAUGGCAAACGAAGAGAGUGAAAGUAGUCCCAGCGAACAUCGCUUGAGCACAAACAGUUUUAAGGGAGUGGCAAGAACCCCUUCGAUGGAUUCAGCCAUACGAGUUUCGAUUGAGAACUUGAAGUCGCGAGAGGCUGAGGCCAAACGGAAGAGACCUCCAUCGCUCUCCGACGACCUACUCUUGCAGAAGAAAAAGAGACGCACUAAAGGCGACGUCAUGGCCCAUACGUAUCCUGUCCUGCCUCGCGUUGUUCAAGUCUGCAAGCUCCCGAAAACCCACGUUGACCACUCGUAUAGAGACUUUUCGUCCGUGCCCCCGGAAGCCGGAUAUGACAAUCCAGCUAGCGUUGAAGAAAUGACUUUCGCUUGCAAACUCCAUGCAAUGUUGAUGAAUCCGGAAUGCCAGGGCAUUAUAAACUGGUUACCUCAUGGACGCGCCUUUCGAAUCCUAGUCCCUAAGAAGAUGGAGCAAGACAAGAUUCUCAUGCGUUACUUUGGUCACAAUCGUUACUCGUCGUUCUUGAGCCAGCUCAAGAACUAUGGUCUGAAGAUGAUUACACGAGGCAAAGAUCGCAACUGCUUCUAUCACGAGUGCAUGCUAAGGGGUCUCCCUCAUCUCACUAAAUACAUGCCCAAGUUCAGAGACGGCCGACGCCUUCUUCCUGAUCCAGCCAACGAGCCUGAUUUUUACACCAUCAGUACGCUCUGGCCUGUCCCGGAAAAGAAUCCCGAACCUCCUCAACCAGUACUUUCAUCACUUUUACCUACUAUGGAUGCGACGUCAAGUGUAACUGUACUACGAACGCUGUUGCAAUCGCACGGGAAUCAUCCUCAACCGCAAAGAGUUGCGGAUCUCACGACUUUGGACUCCACCUUGCUCAGCUUGGGAGUUUUACAUCAACAACGCGAACAACAAAGCGCUCAACGCAUCUUAGAGAAUUCUGUGCUCAACAGAGCCUUACUUCAAACUGGACAGGAUACUCGUCAGUUGCAAUUGGCCGCGCUUUUACAUUUGCCGCCGCCGCCCUUCGUUGCUUCUAUGACAUCUCAAGAGCCGACGAUUCUGAGCCUUGUUCAAGGAUCUGGAUUGCAACUAAACAAUGACACAAUUUCGGCUUUGAUUCGAGCCACAUUGAGCGGUUUAAGAUAGACUGCUCUUCCAGUAGUGCUUUGAUUCAUUUACAUAUUGCGGAAUCUGACGUGUCUGCUGCCUAUUCUGUUUAACUUUAAACGUU